CAGCAGAUCAGAGUUCCAAAUUCCAUUGCCCACCCUCUCAUGUCCAGCCGAACUUGAAUUCAUUCUAAAGGGUCCUUCUCCUCCAAAGCACACUCCUCUUUAUGGAAAACGUCAGCUGCUGUUCAAAAAAAAGAAAAAUGGUCCAAGCCAAAACGUGGACACUGACCAAGCACUUUGACGGCUUUCCCAAGAAGAGCGACUUUGAACUGAAGCUUGAGCAACUACCAGAGCCUAAAGAUGGAGAGGUAAUGCUGGAGGCUGUUUUUCUAAGUGUGGACCCAUACAUGAGGCCAUUCAGUAGAGUCCGCAUGAAUGAAGGCGAGGUCAUGAUUGGAGCUCAAGUGGCCAAGGUGAUUGAAAGCAAAAACGCAGCGUUUGCGGUGGGCAGCCAUGUGAUGGGUUACUGCGGCUGGAGGACCCACACCGUCUGCGCCGCAACCGGCCUGACUCCCGUCAUGGCGGACUGGCCUGAAGACGUCUCCCUGUCCCUGGCCUUGGGUGCCAUCGGUGCUUCGGGGCUGACGGCCCUGUACGGCCUGGAGGAGGUCCUGGGGCUCCAGGCCGGGGAGACCCUGCUGGUCAACGCGGCGUCCGGGGCGGUGGGCUCCGUGGUGGGGCAGAUCGCCAAGAUCAAGGGCUGCCGCGUGGUGGGCUCGGCCGGCUCUGACGCCAAGGUGGCCUUCCUCAAGGAGCUGGGCUUCGACCGGACCAUCAACUACAAGACCGUGGGCUCUCUGGACCAGGCUCUGAGGGAGGCGGCGCCGGAAGGAUACGACUGCUACUUUGAGAACGUGGGAGGGCCGUUCUCCAGUGUAGCUUUGCCACUGAUGAAUGACUUUGGACGAAUAGCUGUGUGUGGAGGCAUUUCCUUGUACAAUGACACCACACCACAGACAGGCCCGUACCAACACCUGACCAUAAUCUAUAAGCAGCUCAAGAUGGAGGGGUUCCUUGUGACCAGAUUUGAACACAAACAUCCAGAAUCUCUCAAAAGACUGAUGGCAUGGAUGAAGGAGGGAAAAUUGCAAUGCCGAGAGCACAUCACGGAAGGCUUUGACAACAUGCCUGCUGCCUUCAUGGGCCUGCUACAGGGGGAGAACACUGGCAAAGCCAUCAUCAAAGUCUGACACAGAGGAGAUGGGUGGAAGAGGUGUAUUUUUGUCCAAACUCCUCAUUAUCAAACCUGCUCAAAACCUGAUGAUCUGUUUUAUAGAAUCCCUGGUCUUUCCCUAGAAAGGAGUUAAUGCCUAAGGCACAAAUAAACUCCUUGUGCUUCUGCUCA